GCUCUUGGGGGGUAUAUAUAUCGAUAUCGAUCGUUCCAUCAAACAAUUCACCAGAAACAAACGCCCGCCGUUGGUAUUAAUUUUCUUUUCUCGUUUUUCAUCCCAGAGUCUGCCAGCCGGGAUGAGGGAAUGAAGAAGGAUGUCGACAUAUUAGUGUCGGGGGUCGUGGUAUGUUUGUUUUCCCAUAUUCCUUCUUCUGCGCUCCCGGUGAAAAGGAUAAACCAAGUAUUUGAGCUUCCUGUUUGCUCUGAGGCCCCAAACUUUUUGUGUUUUAAAUUCAUUCAUUCCUCUUUUUUGUUCCCUCCAGUAAAUAAUCCUCCCCAAGGGUGGGGAUCCAUCAAUGGUGAUACCCAGUCGUUACUCGUUUACGAGUGUGUUUGUUUAUGCCCAGAACUCCGAUGCGCCAUGCUUUCGUAUGAUGAUUAAAAAGUAGAUAGAGAGAAGUUGGUAUGCUAUGUGGUAUGCAUUGUGUUGAAUUGAUGU